AUGAAAUCGAUCAAAAAAUGGACAAAGAAGAUCAUCCAUCCAAAAGUGACCGUGGAUGAACCUGAGGAGGCACCCCCUCCACUCCCAUUUCUCAACACCCCGGCUAUACCGCCACUAACAGAAGCCUGCCAACAGUAUCACCGCAACAACUACGGGCUCUUCGGACGACUCCCGCUGGAAAUCAGACAAGAGAUUCUGGUGUUUGCAUUUGGCCAGCGCACCCUCCAUGUGGAUCUGAGGUAUGGUCCGCUGUACCCGCCCCAGGCUCAAACAGAUAAUACAUUGCGCCCUGAUCACGUUCAACAAUCCACCUGGCGAUGGUUUAGCUGCGAGUGCCACCGCUGGACGAAGCUGUCCGAUGCCUUUGUUGCGCAUCAGAAUGUACGCCCCCCGUUUGAUGAUCACUGUGUGCCGACACCGUUGUAUUCGCGUGGAUAUACGGGACCCCCUGUGCCUGCGGGCUGCUCUAUCGGGGUGAUGGGAUGGUUGCUUGCUUGUCGUAUGGCAUAUCAAGAUGGAAUAGAAAUUCUAUUCACAACAAAUAAAUUCCACUUCUCCGGCCUAGAGCUCCAACAGAACUUGUCUCGGUUGCUCCCUCUCCAAAGGCUAGCCAGAAUCUCCUCUCUAGUCCUGAUCUGGGAUCUAAAGAAGCCCCGUCAGAAAUACUACAGCGAGAAAAAUAACCUGGUCGGUAUACUCUGGGAGAGGGCCGUCACGGCAUCCCCCGAACCACUGUCCGGGGCUGAUUCAACACUUCACGAAUUAUGCCGCAUAGUCCUAGAAACCUUUCCUAAUCUUCAUCACCUAUAUAUCUCCUUGCAGAGUCAUAUCGCACCACCGGAGCCGAAGAUCUUUGAAGAUCCUGUGGGCGAGGUUGAGAGGGUUAUCCUGAGUCCGAUUGACGAGAUGGUACGGGCUUUGGGGCCGGGGAGGGAUGUUAACAUUGCUAUCCAGCUGGGGGGGUGGCAGAGUAUUUGGCGACGGCGGUUGAAACAAAAUCCGGGAGAAGUGAUUGCCAAGUUUGACGAACAAUCCGGGAAUCGAAUUUGGAAAGGGCUUGGUGAUGCUACUGCCCAGCCAGAAUUGGGAUAUUGGUUGUGUGCGGGGUGGGACGAUAUUUAUCGUAUGGGAUCCGUAUUCUCUGGUGAUGUGGAUGUAUGGGGUGAAGAGAUAUCGGAAAAUUAUGUAUCCACACAUGGAUAG